AUGAAGUUCUCCAUGAGCCUCGUCUGCCUGCUGGCGCCCAUCACUGUCCUCGCGGCCCCGCUUGAAGGAGGUCUCGAGCAGCGCCAGGCCGCGCAGAGCGUCGACCGGCUCAUCAAGGCCAAGGGCAAGAAGUACUUUGGCACCUGCAGCGACCAGGGCCGGCUGACGAGCGGCAAGAACGCCGCCAUCAUCAACGCCGACUUUGGCCAGCUCACGCCCGAGAACUCGAUGAAGUGGGACCAGAUCCAGCCAAACAACGGCCAGUUCAACUGGGCGGGAGCGGACUACCUCGUCAACUUUGCCCAGCAGAACGGCAAGCUAGUCCGCGGCCACACUCUGGUCUGGCACUCCCAGCUCGCCAGUUAUGUCCAGAACAUCAGGGACAAGGCCACCCUUACCAAGACCAUCCAGGACCACAUUAGCGCUGUUGUUGGCCGGUACAAGGGCAAGAUCUACGCCUGGGACGUCGUAAACGAGAUCUUUGAUGAGAGCGGCAACCUCCGCUCGUCCGUCUUCUCCCAGGUCCUGGGCGAGGACUUUGUCGGCAUUGCCUUCCGCGCCGCCCGCGCCGCCGACCCCAACGCCAAGUUGUACAUCAACGACUACAACCUUGACCAGGCCAGCUACGCCAAGACGCAGGCUAUGGCCCGCAAGGUCAAGCAGUGGAUCGGCCAGGGCAUCCCCAUUGAUGGCAUUGGCUCCCAGGCCCAUCUCCAGGCGAACCAGGGCGGCAACGCCCUCGGCGCGCUACAGACGCUCGCAGGCAGCGGCGUCAAGGAGGUCGCCAUCACCGAGCUCGACAUCGUCGGCGCCAGCUCCAACGACUACUCGGCCGUCACCCGCGCCUGUCUGCAGGUGCCGCAGUGCGUCGGCAUCACCGUCUGGGGCGUGCGCGACCCCGACAGCUGGCGCGCGCAGAACAACCCGCUCCUCUUCGACGCCAACUGGAACCCCAAGGCUGCCUACAACGCCGUGGUCUCGGCUCUGCAGUAA